ACUCGAUUUUCAAACGUCACGACGUAAGCCUCGCGGAAAAUGUUUUGCUUUCACGCCACGCGCUCCCGGUCGUCGCCUCCUGAUAGAGGAUGCCGCUUUUGACUAUUUUUUGGGAAUCCCAAACAUAAAUAUAAAUAUCACAAUUCUGAAUUGAAGACAAUUUGCGGUGACAUUAUGCAAAUAAUAGUGAUUGUUUUUAGUGUUUGAAUUGAUAAGAUUUAUCUCUGUGAUCUUAUUGUAAUACAUCUAUAAGUGAAAUUUCAAAUAAUAAUUAGUUAUCUUGCUAAGUUGGAAAAUAGGUGUAAAUACUUAUCUAGUUUUUGUGAUAAUAUGAUAGUGUAGUUGGAAUACAAGAUAAGAAAAUCAUCAGGAAUGGAGAAACAACAAAGAUUACUUUUAACUUCUUUUUUGUUUAUAUUUUGCACAGGAGCUGUAGUAUCCAAUAUGGAUGAGGAUAUUUUAAACAAUAGUGUCAGCAUAUAUCCUUACUUUGAACUGAAUGUACCACGAAAUGUGACUACCACCGUUGGACAAACUGCUUUUCUACACUGCAGAGUUGAACAGCUUGGGGACAAAGCGGUUUCAUGGAUCCGAAAACGGGAUCUUCACAUUCUAACAGCUGGAAUCUUAACUUACACUUCAGAUCAACGGUUUCAAGUUAUACGACCGGAUAAAUCUGAUAAUUGGACAUUGCAGAUUAAAUUUCCUCAAAUUAGGGAUUCUGGAAUCUAUGAAUGUCAAGUUAACACAGAACCAAAAAUGUCGUUACCUUUCAGGCUGAACGUAUUAGAAGCUAAAGCUCGCAUUUUCGGACCAACCGACUUACACGUCAAAGCCGGAAGCUCCAUCACACUCACCUGCCUCAUCAGCCAGGGCCCACAUGAUCUGGGAACGGUGUUUUGGUACAAAGGCAAGAACAUCCUAGAAACGGCGGCUUCGUCUCAUACUCAGACAAGUGAUGGCUUAGAUUACACGAGUAGGCUCACUAUUGAGAAUCAGUGGUCGGAUGGUCUUUCAUCUAAGCUGCAUAUUUCUAAUGCUCACAUUUCAGAUUCUGGAAAUUAUUCUUGUGUACCCACAAUUGCAGGAUCGACUAGUGUUAACGUGCACGUUAUUAAUGGUGAACAUCCAGCAGCUAUGCAACACGGCAACAAGAACACCGCCUCUCUGUCUCUCUCUAUUCAAGGCACGAUUGUAAAUAGUUUAUUUGUCAUUGUAAUGAAACAAAUCAGAUGAAAUUCCUUGUAAAUACGAUUCUAUCAUUUGUCAACCCUCAUUUCCAAAAAAAAAAAUCCUCUAAUCUUCAUCACAAACCCACAUAUAAUUAUCUUCUAUUAAUAUUCCCAAAUAUGUCUCUAUCUUAGCAAAAGUACCAACCAAAUGAACUUUUCCAAUCUUGUACCGAAUGUUAACAUAUCUUUGAGUUAUAAAUUGAUGAUUACACAUUAAAAUCAGUUCUAUAUGUUGAUGAUUCGCAGACAGGGGCCCAUAUUUGAAUUUAUCUUAUUAUUAUAGGGAUAAUAAUAGGUGCACAACAAAAAUUUGAUAUUUUUUUUAUAAAUUUAACAAUUUAUUUAAAAUUUGUACUGCUAUAGAAUAGAUAGUUGAAUACCUUUUGGCUCCAUCUUCGAAAACCGACUCUGAAGACAUCUGAUUCCUUGGAGGCUAUAUAUAAAUUAGCUACGAAUGGAUUUGUUGGAAGAUCGAGUCUCUAGAGAGGUUAACAGAUCUUGUAAAUUUACAUAUCUCAGUAUAAUAGAGCUUGUACAUUUAAUUUCCAAAAGACAAAAAGUACUGAAUACAUUCAAAAUAUUACAGAGCUUAAAUGCAAAUAUUGUUAUAAAAAAGAAUCACAAGCCCUAAAUAAAAAGUGAACCAGGCAGACUCUAUUACCUUUUAUGUAGGUUCCUGCUACUUAAAUGAAAUCCAAAUUCACUUGAGAUCACAUUCUACAGAAUGCAGAUGAUAUUCAUACUGUAAUCUAACCACCAAACAGUAAACAUUCUUGCUUAGGUAGAUAAUAUUUGUUAUUUUAAUCUUAUUUAAUGUUAAUUUUAUAAUUGGAACCAUAAAAUACAUGUGUAGUAGAUACUCUCGCCUUCUCUACUUUCGAUUGCUACUGUUUACCAGUCAGUCAUUGAAAACCACACUCCUUCGAUCUUUUGGAACUAUGCAAACAAUUUCUUUAGGGUCCCCCUUUUCCUAUUGUCCAUACCCUAUUGUUUUUGCUCUAUACUUAACAACUACCUCGCUUUUCUGAGCUUCUACAAAAGUUUUUAUCUUGGUUUCAAUAUCUUCUACUUCUAUCUAGGUUUUAGUGUUUUGUCAGUAUACAAUACUUUGUUGAUUAUUUAUUUUUUUUGUAUAUAUUCUCUAUAGUUUUCAAUUCUCCAUUAUUAUUGUUAAAAUCUGGUUUACCUUCCAUGAAUGUGGAUGGGACAAAUUUAAGCUAAUUGACUUUGGAUACAUAUGUUUAAGGUUUAGUUAUUGGCUUUGCCCUGAACAUAUUUAGUUACUCGUAUAAAAAAAGCUGAAAACAUGUAUAUUUGUGACGAUUUUAUGAAAAAUAUGAGUGUAACCUCCUGAUAUUACAGUUAUUGAAAAAUUAUGUACUAUUAUUUUUUUAUAUAGUGUAUGCUUAUUAAAAACUAUGUAAGAUUGAAAAAUUGGAACAAUAAUGUUAAAAAUGUUAAUUAUCUUUAGAUGUUUCUCAAAAAUGGCCCUAGUCUGUUAUGAUUACCUAAUAAAACUAAUGUUCCUGAUCAUUAGUGAGAAAUUUUCUCUGCAUUGGAAAUGUAAUAUAUAUAUUUCCAAAAAAAGUUACAGAAAUUCAUUAGUAAAUGUUCGAGUGUGGCAGUAAUUCAAUUAUCAAUCAUAUAACUUGCAUUAAUUCUCAUCAUUAACUCAUUUUUUAUUAGUUCAGCUGUUCUAAGACAUUAUACUAUAUUAUUUCAUUGAAAAUGUUUUACACAUUAAUGUCUUUGCCAUGUUUCUAAUACUGUUUCAAUAUGUUCUCAUGGUUAUAAAAUUGAAAUAAAGUUAGAAUUUCUUUCAAAUAUAUGCUAAUAACAGUGGUUAUAUAAUUGGAGAAUAAAUAUGUUUUAUUAGCUAUGGACUGUCAUUUUUUUUAUUUAUCCAACAUGAUAAUAGAUAUGAUCAGGAAAAUAAUAAUUUCUUGUAUAGUAUAAUUUGUUUAUAAACUGCCUGCAAAUAAUCACAAUUGAUUUUUCCUAACAAGACAGUAUAAGAAUAUUUACAAAGUAAAAUUUUGUUAUUUUCAUUCACUGAAUUAGGUUAUUUUUCUGUAAUAAAAUUAUUAUUCCGGUUGAUAAUCAUCAUAAUGUAGAUAUGAUUUAUAGACUCAACUUUUUGUAUAAAUAAAUAUUUAAUGUUU